UUAUAACUAAUAACAAUAAACAAUUCAUUCUCAAUUUUUUUAAAAAUAAUUUGAUUUCUAGAAUGCUUAGAGGGUGAUUGUAAGGUCACCUUCAGUUUCUUCAUCCCACAUUGCUUCAGUUUUCUGCUUGCUUAUUCAACACAAUCUUUAAAUCAUACCCUCUCCAAUAUUCUCAAAACAGAAAACAGAGAAACAGAGACUCACCUUCCAUUGUAACACAAGCCACACUCUGAUCAAAGUGUCUCUCUCUUUCUCUGUUUUGAUCUCUGAACCCAGUUGAGAUGAAGAACAUCAGCAACACAAAGCUGAUCCUUCUCCACCCCUACAUACAGAAACAAGGAACCUCCAAUCGCCUCUGGCUUCUAGCCUUCAUGUCCAUCUUCACACUUGCGUUCCUUCUCACAAUCAUUUACACAAGCGGCUUGUACGCAUACUCAUCAACCACCACAACCACCAUCUCCGCCGCAACAAUAACCACCACAACAACCGCCUCCUCCGCCGUCCCCCAGCUCCCCACCACCGUCAUCAACACCCUCCUCUACUACGCCGCCAAAUCUAACGACACAUUCAAAAUGUCGCACGCUGACAUCAAGCCCAUCUCGGACGCCCUCCGGAAAUGCUCAACCCCCUGCAACUUCCUCAUCUUCGGCCUCACCCACGAGACCCUCCUCUGGAAGGCCCUCAACAACAACGGCCGCACCGUCUUCAUCGACGAAAACCGCUACUUCGCCGCCUACAUGGAGGAGAAGCACCCUGAAAUCGACGCGUACGACGUGCAGUACACAACAAAAUCGAAAGAGCUCAAGGAGCUGGUGGCGGUGGCAAAAGAGCAAAUACGAAACGAGUGCAGGCCGGUGCAGAACCUGCUGUUCUCGGAGUGCAAGCUCGGGAUCAACGACCUGCCGAACCACGUGUACGAGGUUGAUUGGGACGUCAUCCUGGUGGACGGGCCACGUGGCGACUGGCCGGACGCGCCCGGGCGGGUGAUGCCGAUAUUCACGUCGGGGGUGCUGGCGAGGAGCAAAAAGGGCGGGAACGGGAAGACGCACGUGUUCGUGCAUGAUUUUGGCGGGGAGGUGCAGAGGGUCUGCGGGGAGGAGUUUUUGUGUAGGGAGAAUUUGGUGGAGGCGAGUGAGACGCUGGGGCAUUAUGUGGUCGAGAGGAUGGAGGAGGGUAGCUUCCAGUUCUGUCGCAGCCAUCCAUCAUCGUCAUCUUCAUCGGCAAAUUCUUCAUUAUCAGCAGCAUCUUAGUGGUUGUUGUGGGUGGUGUUUGGAAUUCAUAGUAAUAAUCGUUUAACGUCGUCAUGGUGAAAGAUUCAUCAGAGUGUUAUUGGGAUAUGGCAUGAAGGAGGUAAACCUGGGUUGGGUUUGGGUGUAUAUUUAUGAUUUUUGCUCUCCUUUUUAGAUUCUUUUUUCUUCGUUCUUUUUGUUUUCUGU